CUUUCCUUUCUUGAUCUUGCUCCUUCCUACUCUCUCCAACUCAACAUGAGUCGACACUUUAGCUCCAGGUCUGGGUACCGUUGCGGAAAGGGCUUCAGCUCUGGCUCCGCCGGGGUGGUCAGCUACCAGCGCAGAUCCACCAGCAGCUCCAUGCGCCGCAGUGGGGGAGGUGGUGGGAGAUUUACGAGUGGAGUAUGUGGUGUUGGGGGUGCUGGUGGUGGUUUUGGGAGUCGGAGUCUUGUUAACCUUGGUGGUGGUAAAGCCAUCUCUGUGAGUGUGGCUGGAGGAGGUGGACGUGUUGGUUUUGGUGGUGGUUAUGGUGGCAGUUUUGGUGGUAGUGGCUUUGGGGGUGGUGGUUUUGGUGGUGGCGGCUUUGGGGGUGGUGGUUUUGGUGGUGGUGGCUUUGGUGGUGGCGGCUUUGGUGGUGGCUUUGGCAGUGGAGGUUUUGGUGGAGGUGGUUUUGGGCCUGGCUAUCCUGGUGGCAUACACGAAGUCACCGUCAACCAGAGCCUUCUGCAACCCCUCAAUGUGGAGAUUGAUCCCGAGAUCCAAAAAGUAAAGUCACAAGAAAGGGAGCAAAUCAAGUCCCUCAACAACCGGUUUGCUUCCUUCAUCGACAAGGUGAGAUUCCUGGAGCAGCAGAACCAGGUACUGCAAACAAAAUGGGAGCUGCUGCAGCAGGUAGACACCACCACUAGGACCCAAAACUUAGAACCCCUCUUUGAGGCAUACAUCAGCAAUCUUAGAAACAAAGUGGACCUACUGAAGAGCGACCGAUCUCGGAUGGAUUCAGAAUUGAAGAACAUGCAAGACUUGGUGGAGGAUUUCCGGAACAAGUAUGAGGAUGAGAUCAAUAAGCGGACAAAUGCGGAGAAUGAAUUUGUGAACAUCAAGAAGGAUGUGGAUGCUGCUUACAUCACUAAGGUGGACCUUCAAGCCAAAGUUGACACGUUGCAGCAGGAAAUUGACUUCUUAACAACAUUGUACCAAGCGGAGCUGUCUCAGAUGCAGACUCAUAUCAGCGAAACCAAUGUCAUCCUCUCCAUGGACAACAACCGCAGCCUGGACCUGGACAGCAUCAUCGCCGAGGUCAAAGCCCAGUAUGAGGAGAUCGCUCAGAGGAGCAAGGCUGAGGCUGAGACCCUGUACCAGACCAAGUAUGAAGAGCUCCAGAUCACUGCCGGCAGACAGGGGGACAGCUUGAAGAGUUCAAAGAUGGAGAUUUCUGAGCUGAAUCGGGUGAUCCAGAGACUGAGAUCUGACAUUGAUAAUGUCAAGAAGCAGAUCUCUUCGCUGCAGCAGUCCAUCAGCGAUGCUGAGCAGCGUGGUGAGAACGCCCUCAAAGAUGCCCAGAAGAAGCUGGCUGAGCUGGAGGAUGCCCUGCAGAAGAACAAGGAGGACCUGGCCCGCCUGCUGCGCGACUACCAGGAGCUGAUGAACACCAAGCUGGCCCUGGAUGUGGAGAUUGCCACCUACAGGACCCUCCUGGAAGGAGAGGAAAUCAGGAUGUCUGGCGAGUGUGUCCCGAACGUGAGUGUGUCUGUGAGCACCAGCCACACCAGCGUCAGUGGAAGCAGUAGCCGAGGAGGCGGUGGUUAUAGCUCUGGCGGCGGCGGCGGCGGCAGCUACAGCUCCGGGGGCGGCGGCAGCUACAGCUCUGGAGGCGGCGGCGGCUACAGCUACAGCUCCGGGGGCAGCAGUGUGAGCCGUCGAGGGGGCUCUGGAGGUAGCUUCAGCUCCUCCGGAGGCCGAGGGUCCAGCUCUGGGGGCACCAAGACCUCUGGUGGCAGUUCCAGCGUGAAGUUUGUUUCCACCAGCUAUUCCCGAGGAACCAGAUUUGGCGGAUAUAAAAGAGGACCCUGCCAGUCUCCUGACAGCAGAAUCGAGUCUCCAGCCUUAACGCUUCCCAGGAAACUUCACCUUCCCUCUCUGGGCAAAGGCAUCAUGAGUUGUCAGAUCUCGUGCAAACCUCGAGGAAUAGGAGGAGGAGGUGGAGGAGGAUUCCGGGGCUUCAGCAGUGGUUCAGCUGUGGUCUCCGGUGGGAGCCGGCGAUCAGCCACCAGCUUCUCCUGCUUGAGCCGCCAUGGUGGUGGCGGCUUUGGCAGUCAGAGCCUUGCUGGUCUUGGAGGGACCAAGUACAUCUCCGCUAGUGUGGCUGGAGGAGGUAGAAGCUUUAGCUCCGUUGGAGGAUUUGGUGGCGGAAGAGGUGGCUUUGGAGGUGGCAUUGGCUUUGGAAGUGGCAUCAGCUUUGGAGGAGGCAGUGGCUUUGGAGGAGGCAGUGGCUUUGGAGGAGGCAGCGGCUUUGGAGGCAGCGGUUUUGGUGGAGGUGGUAGAGGCCGGUUUGGAGGUGGUGGUGGCUUUGGAGGUUUUGGGGGUCCUGGUGGCUUUGGGCCUGGAGGAUUCCCUGGUGGAGGCAUCCACGAAGUGUCUAUCAACCAGAGCCUCCUGCAGCCUCUCAACGUGAAAGUUGACCCAGACAUAAAGAAUGUGAAGUCUCAGGAGCGGGAGCAGAUCAAAACUCUCAACAACAAAUUUGCUUCCUUCAUCGACAAGGUGCGGUUCCUGGAGCAGCAGAACCAGGUGCUGCAGACCAAAUGGGAGCUGCUGCAACAAGUUGACGUCAGCACCCGUACCACCCGCCUGGACCCCCUCUUUCAGGAGUACAUUGGCAAACUGCAGACUUACGUGAACACGCUUUCUGCAGAAAGAACAUCCCAAGAUUCAGAGCUGAACAACAUGCAGGAUCUUGUUGAGGAUUUUAAGAAGAAGUAUGAGGACGAAAUCAACAAGCGCACAGAUGCUGAGAAUGAUUUUGUGAAACUUAAAAAGGACGUAGACAAUGCCUACAUGAACAAGGUGGACCUGCAGGUCAAGGUGGACAUGAUAAAACAGGAGAUUGACUUCCUGAAAAUCCUCUUUGAUGCGGAGCUGUCUCAGCUGCAACAAAAUGUCACGGACACCAAUGUCAUCCUGUCCAUGGACAACAACCGCAACCUGAACCUGGACAGCAUCAUCUCCGAGGUCAAGAGCCAGUAUGAAGAGAUCGCCCAGAAGAGCAAGGCUGAGGCUGAGGCGCUGUACCACAGCAAGUAUGAGGAGCUGCAGAUCACUGCUGGGAAGCAUGGAGACAGCCUGCAGGAGGUCAAGAUGGAGAUCAGUGAGCUGAACCGUGUGAUCCAGAGGCUGCAAGGGGAGAUCUCCCAAGUGAAGAAGCAGUGUAAGAAUGUGCAAGACUCCAUUGCAGAUGCCGAGCAGAGGGGAGAGGAUGCCCUCAAAGAUGCCCAGAACAAGCUGUCUGAGCUGGAGGACACCCUGCAGAAGAACAAGGAGGACCUGGCCCGCCUGCUGCGUGACUACCAGGAGCUGAUGAGCACCAAGCUGGCCCUGGACGUGGAGAUUGCCACCUACCGCAAGCUGCUGGAGGGCGAGGAGUGCAGGAUGUCUGGAGACCUCAGCAGCAGUGUGACAGUGUCUGUCACGAGCAGCACCGUCUCUUCGAACGUGGGGUCCAGGGCUGGUUUUGGAGGCCAUGGUGCUGGAGGUAGAGGGUCCGGUUCUGGAGGAGGAGGAUACAGCUCUGGAAGCAGCAGUUAUGGCUUCGGAGGCCGAAGGUCCAGCUCCAGAGGCAGUGGUGGAGGAGGCUCUGGCUCUGGUGGCGGGUAUGGCUCUGGAGGAGGAUAUGGUUCUGGAGGAAAACACAGCUCUGGAGGCGGCUCCAGAGGGGUCUCUGGCUCUGGGGGAGGGUCUGGUUCUGGAGGAGGAUACAGUUCAGGAGGUGGCUCCAUAGGGGGCUCUGGCUCUGGGGGAGGGUACGGCUCUGGGGGCGGCUCCAAAGCGGACUUAAGCUCCGGAAGGGGAGGUUCUAGCUCAGUAAAGGGUGGUUCUGGCUCAGGUGAAGGUCACGGUUCCAGCGUGACCUUCUCUUUUAGAUAA